AUGGCCUUGAGCAGCACCCAAAGAGCCUCUGAACAAUCAACUCCUCUUUGGAAACACGAUGUGUUUUUGAGUUUCAGGGGUGAAGAUACCCGCAAGGGUUUUAUAUCCCAUUUAUACCACGAACUGGACUACUGGCAGGCAAUUAAAACCUUCAAGGACAACCGAGAUCUUGAAAGAGGGACAAGUAUUUCUCCAGAGCUCUUGCGCGCUAUUGAAGAAUCGCAGCUUGCCAUCAUUGUUCUCUCACCGAACUAUGCUUCUUCCACCUGGUGCCUGGAUGAGCUUACAAAAGUUGUGGACUGCAUGGAAGCCAGGGACACAAUUUUGCCAAUUUUUUAUGGUGUGGAUCCCUCUCAAGUACGAAAUCAAACCGGGAGUUUUGCAGAAGCCUUCACUGAGCAUAAAGAAAAGUUAAUUACUAAAAAUAAGGUGGAGCAGUGGAAAGCUGAUUUAACAAAAGUGGCCAAUCUUUGUGGGUGGGAUUCAAAGAAUUUUAAGUGUGAAAGAGAGCUUAUUGAGGACAUCGUCAAAUGUGUGUGGAGGAAAGUGCAUCCUUCACUCACCUUGUCAAAUUAUCCACAUAAGUUAGUCGGAAUGAAUUCUGGCCUUGAGCGACUGGGUGUACUACUAGCAACUGAUGCAAAUGAUGUUCGCUUUAUAGGGAUAACAGGGAUGGGUGGAAUUGGGAAGACAACCAUUGCUAAACUAGUUUUUGAGAGAAUUUCCCACCAUUUUGAAGUCAGCAGUUUUCUUGCUAAUGUUAGAGAGGUUUACGCAAAACAUCGUACUCUAGUUGACCUGCAAAAACAACUUCUUUUCCCAAUCUUGAAGGAAGAGAUUAAACAAGUUUGGGAUGAACUGUGGGGAACCUUUUUCACUAAGAAAUGCUUACACAACAAAAAGGUUCUGCUCAUUCUUGAUGAUGUGGAUCAAUUAGACCAACUAGAAAUAUUGGUUGGAAAGAAAGACUGGUUUGGUAUGGGGAGUAGAAUCAUCAUUACAACCAGAAAUGAACGUUUGCUAGUUGAGCAUGGUAUAGACAUAUCAUAUAAAGUUGAGGGAUUGAGUGAUGAUGAAGCUCUUGAGCUCUUCAGUCUGAAUGCCUUUAGGAAAGAUCAACCUGAGGAAGGUUUUCUGGAACUGUCUAAGCGUUUCCUAAAUUAUGCCAAAGGCCUUCCAUUAGCCCUUAAAGUUUUAGGAUGUUCAUUGUAUAACGAAGGUCAAGAUGGGAAGGGCAAGGAGCAAGUAAUUCAAAUACUGGACCAUACCCGCAACAUUUCCAGUCGUAAGGGCAUACAUGUUCUUGUUGAGAAAUCUAUGUUAACUAUUGAGAAAUUUCGUGAUCCUCUUUCAAUCGACAUUGUGGAGAUGCAUGACUUGAUGCAAGAAAUGGCAUGGGAAAUUGUUGGUCAAGAGUCUAAAGAGCCUGGUGAACGCAGUCGGUUGUGGCUUCACAAUGACAUUUCUCAUGUAUUCAUGAACAAUACGGGUACGGGAGCAAUUGAAGCCAUAGUCUUGCGUUUGCUCAAAUUAGAAGAGGUGCACUGGAAUUGUGAAGCCUUCUCUAAUAUGCAUGGACUAAGGUUUAUCGACUUUGAUAAUUUGAUAUUUUCAUCAUGCCCAAACUUUCUCCCUCAUUCCUUAAGAAGUAUCCAUUGGAGUUGGUAUCCUUCCAAGUUUCUCCCACCAAGUUUUCAACUGAAUUCACUUACUGAACUUAGUCUACAUCAUGGAAAACUUGUUCGGCUUUGGGAUGGAACAAAGGACUUCCCCAACCUGAAAUAUAUGGAUGUUAGUUACUCUGAUAAAUUAACCAGUACCCCAGAUUUCACAGGUCUACCAAAGCUUGAGAAGUUGAACCUUGAGGGCUGUAGGAAUUUAGUUGAGAUCCACCCAUCCAUUGCAGUCCUCAAAAGGCUUAGAACUUUGGAUUUCAGUAAUUGUAAAAGUAUUAAGAAUCUCCCAAGUGAGGUAAAAAUGGAUUCUCUUGAAUAUUUUAGUCUUCGUGGCUGCUCAAAAGUGAAAAAGAUUCCACAGUUUGCAAGACAAAUGACAAAAUUGUCAAUGCUUUUUUUAGAUGGAACUGCUAUUGAGGAAAUACCUUCAUCAAUUGAAUGUCUGGUUGGCCUCAUUGUACUGGAUCUAUGUGACUGCAAAAGUCUCUUGGCUCUUCCGAGUGCGAUUUGUAAUUUGAAGUCUCUUGAUACGCUCUGCAUAUCCGGAUGCUCAAAACUUGACAAACUCCCGGGGGAGAUGGAGGCUUUAGAGUAUCUUGACUUGGCGGGAACUGUUUUAAAAGAGCCGCUUGUUAUGAUGAAAAACCUCAAGUUACUAUCUUUACGUGGGUCAAUUGCUAAACCAAGACGCUGGUUGGGCCUUGCUGGCUUAUUUGGAAUUAGAAAGAGUCCUGAGCCUUGCCCUCAGCCUUGGGGCUUGGUGUUGUCUUCUCUUAAUCGUUUAUGCUCUUUAUUGGAAUUGGAUCUAAGUGAUUGUGAUCUAAGUGAAGGGGAUAUCCCCGAUGAUAUUGGUUGCUUGUCCUCUUUACGAGAGUUAUAUCUUAGAGGAAACAAUUUUGUGAGCCUUCCUGCAAGCAUUAGAUGCCUUUCUCAGCUUUGGUGUUUUAACUUGGAGAGGUGCAAAAGGCUUCAACUACUGCCAGAUCUUCCAUCAAAUAACGAAUUACACGUAAAUGUAAAUGAUUGUACUAGCUUAAAGAGUUUGUCAUAUCCAUCAAAGUUGAGCAGCAGAUUCCCCAAUUUGUAUGAUUUUACUUUCAGUGCUGUUAAUUGCUUUAGCUUGGUUGAAGAUGAAGGCUGGAGUGCUAGAAUAAUUUCAACAAUAAUGAAAUUGGCCACUAAGGGAAUGUAUCCAGAUUUGUACGAUAAGUAUAUUGUAUUCCCUGCAAGUGAAAUUCCAGAGUGGUUCAAUGUUCAAAGUGAGGGACAUUCACUAAAUGUGGAGCUACCUCCAAAAUCAUGCACCAGCUGGCUGGGGAUUGCUUUUUGUGUUGCUUUUGCAGAUCAUCAGGAAAACUUGGGAAAUUCAACAUUCCUUGAUGACUUUGAUUGUUUCAGAAUUCAAUGUUCAUCCGGUCCGUGUUGGACUUUUGAGAAGAUAGGCCAUAUUCUGUCACCACACAUUCUGGUAUUUUAUUUGCCUCGUGAUUACUGUUGGGAACAGUUUUCAUUCGAAAUGUAUUACGGCACAUCUAGAAAUUUGAACAUAUUUCUGACAUGCUUGAAUAAUGUGAACAAGUGCGGGGCCCGCUUGGUGUACGAGCAAGAUUUGGAAGAAGAACAACUGAACUGGACACUGAAAAUGCUGAAGCGAACAGUGCAAGAAUAUGGUUGUGACGGGGCAGGUCCGAGUGGUGGAAGUGGUAGCUUUGACGACAGUAUUGAACCACGCUGCAAAAGAAUCAAGCAAGACUAA